GCCUCUUUUUGUGUUCAACCAUCCCCAAUCGCUGGGUCGAUCCAUCAUCUUCCCCCAAAUUUCUCGACCCCGCUCGAGGAACGGUCACGGCUCGCCGGAAACCUAACAAUUUUUAUGUCGACAUUAACACGGCGUCAGGCUAGCCUGUGAUUAGAUCUAACAUUGUUCUUGGCCAUUGGUACGUCGUCAUUUAAUUUUGCAAGGUGCCUGCAACAUUUUGUGUAUCUCUUUGUGAUAUCUCGUUGAACGGCUUUGAAACGGCUCCUGUUUCUUCUGUAUUUUUUUUUCCUUUUUGUUUUUGCCAUUACAAUGUAACUGAACGUGACCCGUUCUUCUCGACUUCCCUCGCUUGAACCCUUGCGACCCUCCCUCCACUGGUAACUUUAUUGUCCUUGAACUUUUCGUCUUGACGCGAUGCGACUCCAUAUUCAGAUAAUACGAAUUCGUACGAAACUGUGAUCCAAUUACUAUUAAACUCUGUUUUCUCUGGGUUUCGUUUAGAUUAACACUAGAGCCAUCGAGCAUUACGAUUAACAUGUAAUCCUUGUUAAAAAUUGUAAUCCAUAUUUUUCGGUUUAUUACGUUCAUUUCGAGUAUUUAAUAUUUUCAAGAUAUGAUUUAUAAUGUAUAUUAUGUAAUUUGAAGAUGUAAUCAAUCAUUGAGAAACGAGGGAGUUAUAACUAAUCAUUUCGACUGGUAGUUCUAGGUUCAAAUGUUACUUGAAAUUUUCGUAGAAUAUUCUAGAUCGUGUAUUGCACAGUUAUUUUAUGGGGGUCGCGCGCGGAGAGACAUUUCUCUUCUUGACAAUGCUGAGAGAGAACGAGAGACAAGGAGAGAAAGAAAGAGAGAGAGAGAGAGAGGGUGAGAGGGUGAGAAAGGGCAGAGAAAAGAGAGCGAGCGAAAGGGAGAGAAAGAGCGAGAGAAAGGGAAAGUCUGAGUGAGUUUUUGGUGAUUUGGCAGAGGGGGCGAAAUCGCAAGUUGGUGCUACAUAUAAAUAUAUAUAUAUAAAUAUUUAUAUAUAAAACAUACGUAUAUAUCGUGUUACAAUGGUGCAGUGUCGAUUGCUGUUUGGUAGCGGGAUCUACAAAUACUAACUUCUGUGCUUCCAGGGGGCACAAUGUUGCCACCGCCACCGGUCGCGAUAUUCCCACCUACAGCUGCGAUGCUACCGCGUGGACCGCCUCAGUUUGCAGCCCCCUAUCCGCCGCCGAUUUUUUAUUGGCCCUACCCCUCUCCGCCGGUCAGCCCGACUAAUUAUUAUAAUCCAGCGAAUGUCGGUGGUAUCGCGGCCAUUCCUCAGCAAGCGGCGUUGUUGACUCCGGCGGAGUGUCUUCAGCUGGGACCAGGCGCGACAGUGCCCGGAGCAACCACCCCAACGGCGGAGGCUCGCAUCGAGGCGUUCCUGCCACGAAUGGAACUGGAGAAACGCGUACCUGUCCCCGCGCCGCCGCAAGCGGAGUGUAGUCCGUUCGUCGAAGUGUUCAUGGUUUGAUGAUCAGAGUCUCGAGCUCGACCGGGCGAUUCGGCAGGCGAACCUCUGUCCCGAUCAUCGGACCAAGUCGAGUCAAGCGCGAAAACCUUAGCCUCGCACGACAGAAACCCGAAAAUUCGCGUCUUUCUUGCUCCCCUCGCGCGAGAGGACGAUCGUACUAACACGACCGAGUCCUCGUCUUCUUCCCCUUCAUCUUCCUCUUAAUUUGCCCUCCCCGUUUGUACAGAACACAGUGACGCUGGCUUAAAUUCCAUAGAAAUCCGCUCGACUUGAUUCGAGCAAGCUCAGUGUAAUCCCAGUGGACGAAAACAGAAAAUGUGUACAGCGAGAGGAAGAGAGAGACACUGGCCACAGAGAUGCCGCACGCGUCAAACAUAAACACGCAAUGAAGAAAAUGCAAUAGUUUUAAUGUGAAGAACUUCGACGCGUGCGGCAUCCCUUUGAAAUCCAGUUUCAACCCUUGAUUUUCAGUGAACUUCCGGCUUCCACUCGCUGCAUCGAUUCUCUGCUUUUGUCAGGCUGUGCUCGAGUCAAUUCUUGGAGGCAAGUAGCUCCCUGUUCUUUCUGCUCGGUUAAAUUUCACUACUGGGGUUCGAAAUUGUCGAAUUUAAGCGAGCAUUGCUGUGACGUGCAAUCUAGAAUCACAAACGAGGCCUCGGAAGGUUGUAUCCAGCGCGACACGAUUAUUUUACCUUUCCUGUCUUCGAAGAACGCUGCUCCCCCUGCAAAUCCAGCGUGUCACUGAGUGGCACGUUUCUUUCUAGUCUAGAGACAGAUGCAAGUCGUCGUAGCGUAGCGCAGUGACGUCGUUUCUUUCUCGUCGUUCGUUUCGGAUGUUCCCGAAGCGGAUCGCGCACAGAACGUGUUUUUUUUCC